AUGGGCGCGCAGCAGACCAAGGAUCGCGCCCUGACCUCGGGAUCGCUGACCGUGCGCAGCAUCAGGUCCAAGCCGCGGUUUUCCAAUGUCAAAGACGGCAAGAACCAAGGGCUGAACAUAUUCACCGAGCACAGUGAAGCGUUAUUACAAAGUCGACCUUUACCUCACAUACCAGAUCUUCCUGAUGGCGAUCCUCCUGGUACCAUUCCUUCAGGAGGUGGAAGUUCUGGUGGUUCUAUUGGUGGAACCAUUUCAAGUAACUUAGAAUCUUCAAUUCGAUGGACAUCAAAAGAAAACUUAUUGCAAUCUCAAGAAGAUGAUGAUCCACAGUUAUUUGUUGCUUUAUAUGAUUUUCAAGCAGGCGGUGAUAACCAGCUUAGUCUUAAAAAAGGAGAACAAGUUCGUAUUUUAUCUUACAACAAAAGCGGUGAAUGGUGUGAAGCGCAUGCAUCACCAGGACAAGUUGGUUGGGUACCAUCAAAUUAUGUUACACCUGUUAACUCAUUGGAGAAACAUUCUUGGUAUCAUGGUCCUAUAUCAAGAAAUGCUGCUGAAUAUUUACUUAGUUCUGGAAUAAAUGGUAGUUUUUUAGUCAGGGAGAGCGAAAGUUCUCCAGGUCAAAGAUCUAUUUCAUUAAGAUAUGAAGGACGUGUUUACCAUUAUCGCAUUAAUGAAGAUACUUCUGAUGGAAAAGUGUAUGUGACUACAGAGAGUCGUUUUAACACUCUUGCUGAAUUAGUUCAUCAUCAUUCAAUGCAUUCUGAUGGUCUCAUUACACAACUUUUGUAUCCAGCUCCUAAACAUAAUAAGCCUACAGUGUUUGCACUUAGUCCUGAACCCGACGAGUGGGAAAUCAAUCGUACAGAUAUUGUUAUGAGACAUAAACUUGGCGGUGGACAAUAUGGUGAUGUUUAUGAAGCUGUUUGGAAACGAUAUAAUAUGACUGUUGCAGUAAAAACCUUGAAGGAAGACACAAUGGCACUCAAAGAUUUUUUAGAGGAAGCGGCCAUUAUGAAAGAAAUGAAACAUCCAAAUUUAGUUCAAUUGCUAGGUGUUUGUACUAGAGAACCGCCAUUUUAUAUAAUAACAGAAUUCAUGAGUAAAGGAAAUCUAUUGGAUUAUUUACGGCAAGGCAAUAGGGAAAAUAUUAAUGCAGUUGUACUCAUGUAUAUGGCCACUCAAAUAGCUAGUGCAAUGAGUUAUUUAGAAAGUCGCAUGUUUAUUCAUAGGGAUUUGGCUGCACGUAACUGUCUUGUUGGAGAAAAUCAUCUUGUUAAAGUUGCUGAUUUUGGUCUGGCACGAUUAAUGCGGGACGACACAUAUACAGCACACGCAGGUGCAAAAUUUCCUAUAAAGUGGACUGCUCCUGAAGGCUUAGCUUAUAACAAAUUUUCAACCAAAUCUGAUGUGUGGGCGUUUGGUGUUUUACUAUGGGAAAUUGCAACAUAUGGUAUGUCACCAUAUCCCGGAGUUGAUUUAACUGAUGUUUAUCAUAUGUUAGAAAAAGGAUACAGAAUGGAUUGCCCACCUGGGUGUCCACCAAAUAUAUAUCAGCUAAUGAAACAAUGCUGGCAGUGGGCUCCAAACGAGAGACCGUCUUUUAAAGAAAUUCAUCAUGCUUUGGAAAAUAUGUUUCAAGAAUCCAAUAUCAUUGAAGAGGUGGAAAAACAGUUGCAAGGGAGCACAACACCCCAAUUAUCACAUAAAAAAUCUCACGGAAAUAGUUCUAAUAUUAUGGGUACUUCUUUGGAGUCAAAUGAAGCAAUCACACAAGUUGAACGUAAUUUGUCUACAUUUGGUGGGCCAGUGGUUAAAGGAAGCCUUGUGCAAUUACGACGCCCUACAAAUAAACGUGGUAAAACUGCUCCAGCUCCCCCAAAACGUACCAGUCUGUUGUCGUCGUGCAGUUCAUUUAGGGAUUCCCAUUAUGGAGGUCCAGUGAUGGCUGAUCAAAAUGAUGCAGCCAUGUCUCUACCUCCUCAACAUUUUUUCGAAGACAACUUUCCACCAAACGGAAUUACCAAAGAGUUGCAGAACGUUGUGAACAGCUUGGCCGAUAGCGAUGGUGCCAGCGAGGAAAGCGCCGAACCAGCGGAAACCGAAAACGAGUGUACCCACAUACCGCAGCUGAACCGAGUGCACCGCGGUUCACUGACCAAAAAGACGUCCAAACACCAAGCGUCGCACCCCCUUUACCAAAGAGACACUGGUAACCUAGACACGCCAAAGGUCGCGGCGCUUGAAGUGCAGAACGUGAAACGCGCCAUCAACCGGUACGGCACGUUGCCGAAAGGGGCGCGAAUCGGCGCGUACCUAGAGUCGCUGAGGCACGGCAAUGGCGAGUCGGCUGAGACGAGCACCGCCAAGCCGCCGGCCAGCCUGCACCGCAGCAGCAACAUGCCGUUGCGCCGGCCCUUUCAGCAACCAGGUAAUAUGACUAGGAGUAACUCGUCGACGAAUUUUCAGCCCUCAUCGCCGCGGACGGUGCGCGCCCAACCGCCGCCGCCUAACCUCGCAGACCUUGAGUUCCCGCCGCCACCGCCUCCCGAAGACCUCGACCACGAGGAGAUGUCCACGUUCCGAUUUGGGGUGAGCCUCAGGCACAGGGAGCCGUCUACGGAUUCGUGUAACAGCGCCAAAUCGGAACCGGCCAGACUGAAGUGCGUGCCGGGGGCACGCAAGGACAGGUUGCUGCAGCAUCAUCCGGCCGAGCAAAACAGCAAAUCUACGUCGGCGGCAGUCGUCGUCGUCGAACCGUCUCCCGUGAUGUCGAAAAAGAACAUCGCGGUGGCCGAAGUGUCGCCGUCGUCGGACGAAGACGCGGCCGCCAGCAGAGACGUGAAAAGUCUCGUUCCGGACAUCAUGAAGGAAAUGAUGGAACUGAAACAUCACUCUGCGGCCGGCGACAAGAAGCAGACGACCGCUGCGGGCAAGGACGAUCAGCAGCGGCCCAUGUCUCCGGUCGAUUUCAAAACCAGUCUCAGGAAGGUGCAGGUCGCCAAGGACGAUCGCGAUCAACAUCACCUGCUGCACCACAAUCACCAGCAACAGCAGCAGCAGCAGUUGCAGCGCAUCGACAACAACAUCGCGGAGAUAAAAUCGCAGUUGAAAAAAGUGAAAAUCGACGAGAAAAAAGACGGCGCCAGCGAGUUGGUCGAAUCUAUCGGUGACGGCGGCUGCGCCGACGGCGACGACAAGCGGCGGAGCACCGGCAGCAUAAGCAGCCUGAAGAAACUUUGGGAGGGUGAGAGCCCGCCGUCGGAGGUCGCGGUGCCGGUGACGGCCAAGGAGAGACGCGUCUGGCCGCCCCCGCACGACGACAACCGACCGGCCGUGCCGGUGAAGCCGUCGUCGGCGGCGGCCGCCGCCGCCGCCGCCGCCGCCACCAAGUCGUCAACCACCACCACCACCACCAACACCAACAAGUCGAACGCGAUAUACGCGACGCCUGGCGCCGCGUCGCCGUCCAACAUCUUGGAACAGUGGCAGACGGUGGACAGCAGUCUGCGGGCCUUGCGCGCCGCGCCCGCCGUCACGUCGGCCGGCUGGCUGUCGUUGUCCGACAAGGUGGGCGGCUUCCACACGUCGUGCCUCAACUACGCCGACACGGCCGCGCCGCCGAACCUCAGGUUCCACCUGCGCGAGCUGCUCAACAGAUUGGAAUCGCAGUCGCGGCAGAUGCGGUCCGCGGGCGGCGGCCGCCAGCAGGCCGACCACUCGACCAUAUUCCAGACGCUGGACGGCACCCUCAAGGACAUACUCAACGUCAUACAGAGAUAGAACUCGCCGGUCCGCCGUCGCCAGUCGCCACUGAGUCGCCGCCACUGAGUGUGUGGUCGUUACGUUCUACACGCGGCAAACACAAACCUUACUCUACCUAUAUACCUAUACUAUAUUUAUAUAUAUAUAUGUAUACAUAUAUUAUACAUUUUAUGUAUUUACCUACACGCUUGCUCUGCGAAAGUACCGCCCGGCCGCCGUGGCGUCACAUUCCUCUAACGAUAUAUAUGAUAUUCUAUUCUAUACGAAAUUAUUUAUUAUUUUUUGAUUAUGAUUAUCAUUAUGGUUAUUAUUAUUAUUAUUAUUAUUAUUAUUCUGAGUUU